UCUGAUCAAUCGUGGGGUCUCCAGCAGGACGUUAAUGAGACUAGGCAUAUUCCAUUCAAUAUGUAUAUAGUACUUGCCACUAAGGGAAUAAUUCAAACCGAGACUGAAUUUGGAGGGGCUUCACUCAUGCCUAUGUCAGCUAUACACUCUAAAGAACAAAAGAGAGAUCAACAAUUAGUUUUACCAUCCGGUUUUAAAAAAUCCAUUCCUAAAAAUAGUAGAGAACUUAUUCUUCCAUCAAAUCCCUAUUCACUAAGUGAAAUGCAGCAUGAAGAUCAACAAAAGCAUUUAUCAUUACAAGACCUAACAUCCCAUGCUGAGACAUUCUGGAGACCAAUUCUCACUUCAGACCCCUACUCAAUAAGUGAAAUGCAACGUGAAGAACAGGAAAGGCAUUUAUCAUUACAGGAUAUAACGUCCCAUACUGGAAUAUUUCGAAGACCAAUUUUACCUAUAUUACCAGUCGUCUAUUCAGAAAAAGUGGUACAGAGUAGUCUAGUCAGUAAUGCAUUUCCUAACGCACAUUUAGCGAAUAUCGUUGGGAUAAUUCGAUCACUUCGAACUGGAGAUGAUAUGCGACAUACAUCAGGGCUAGAUUUCUUUGAUUCUAUUAGACACCUCUUUACUUCAGAAAGAUCUGUCCCCUUAUCGAAUCCAGAUACUCUUUGGCAACAUACUUAUGAAAAUUUACUUAUAUUUGGGCCACCUCUUCUUGAAUGGCGAAGUCAUACCGAUGAUGCAAUGGCUUUAGGGAAUUCAACUGAAACUGUUUUCAGAUCUAAUGCAUCUGGAGGGUAUUAUACUGCUCCCACUGGACCUAAAACUUUACGCACGUACAAAGAAA